UAGAAAAAAUUCUACCCUUUUUGCUUUACAGGGUUCGGAAUUUACAGUCCACUCUAAAAUAUGCUUGUGAGAGCGAUCAAUGUUUCUGUCUAUCUUGGUCUGGCUUUACCAGAAGUAUCAGUCAGAAAUUUUCUUGCUUAAACUGCACUCAGAAUUUAUUUACUUAUUCUCGGUUUGCUAAGAAUUUACUUAUAUUGUUAAUUUCCUGAAGUUUGGACUUCCGUCGAAAAUGGAUGACGUGAGAUACUUAGUAGCUUCCAAUCAGUCGGUAGAAAGUAGUGGAGCUCUAUUAUCUGGAAAUGCUACUAGUUCACAGUCUAUGCUUCCCAUACAGUACCCCAGAGCAACGACGCUUUUUGCUGCAGUCUGUUGCAUUCUGUUUAUAAUCUUCGGCAUUUUGGGCAAUCUGGUGACUAUACUUGCCCUAAGCAGAUGCGCCAAACUCCGCAAUGCCACCACAGCCUUUGUCAUCAGCCUUUGCACUGCAGAUCUUCUCUUCUGUGCUCUUAAUCUCCCACCAACAGCUUCCAGAUAUAUCCAUCAUAGUUGGGUGCUUGGUCAAACUUUGUGCCGACUGUUUCCGUUUUUCUUCUACGGCAAUGUCGCAGCUUCUCUUCUUUCAAUGACAGCUAUCACGAUUAACAGAUACAUUUUGAUCAACCACUACAAGCAUUACGAUAAAAUCUAUCGUCGAAAGUUCAUCGGGCUGAUGAUUGCAUUUUGCUGGAUCUUUAGCUUCUCUUUGCUCGCUCCAACACUGGCAGGAGCUUGGGGAGAGUUUGGCUACCAUGCUCAGAGCUUCUCCUGCACCAUUCUCCGCAAAGAUGGACGUAGUCCAAAGAAAUUUCUCUUCAUCCUUGGAUUUCUGUUGCCUUGCCUUAUCAUCGUCAUCAGCUAUUCCUGCAUAUUCUACAGGGUUCAUAAAAGCCGUAAAAAUGUGGAAGCUCAUACACCGACUCCUACAAAAAGUCCCGGUAACAACGUAUCAAGUCCAGCUCCCUUGAUGAGGCAACUAUCUCACAGACAAGAUGAAAUCCGAUUGACUCGCAUGAUGCUGAUUAUCUUUUGCUCAUUUUUGCUGUGCUUUCUACCGCUCAUGAUUGUCAACGUUUUCGAAGACAAGAUUAGAUCUCCAAGUGUACACGUGAUGGCUUCAGUGCUGGCUUGGAUGUCGUCAUGUAUCAAUCCUGUCAUAUACGCAGCUAUGAAUCGACAAUAUAGGCAGGCCUAUCUACGCCUUUUUUGCGGCAGUAAAAGGCGAUUCGGAGCUCCUAAUUCUAGCUCCAGCACAACGCGAUCAGGCUCCAGCCACUCCAAGACCUUGAUGUCAGAAGUUUUUGUUUUUAAUUCCACUGCAAAUGGAACAAAUGGAACCCAGAAACCUAACAACGAUAAGGCAAAGAAGGAUGAAGAAAAUAAAGUAUAAAUACUGUCAAGUUCCUCAGUAGAAGAGAACAAAUGAGACCCAGAAUACAGAGUAAUGAUGAAAAUGAAAGGAACAAAUAGUUCUCUUCAGUGAGAGAAUGCGACGCUUUUUGUUUAUCUAACUUUCUGUUGUUCAUAAAGCGUAAAAGCUGUUCAUGAUUAUAUGUCAGCCUUAGGCUGCUAUACCAAAGAGCAUGGCUUUUUUUUUUAAUAAGGAUUUAUUUUAGGAAAAUACGCAAUCUCUGGAUGUUUUCGACUGUGGAAUAUUACCUCGGGCGAAUAGAUGAGCCGAGUUCAGAAUACGUAAAACUUCUUCCAGACACAAAAUUGUGGAAGACAUACCUCUCACAGUAUAUUCUUCAUGGCAAAAAUGUUCAAUGUACAAAAUCUUUCUCUGAAGUAGAAAGAAGAAUUUUCGCAAUCAAAUGUGUUGAACGUUUAGUUGCAUUCUACAUUCAGCUACCAUCACUCAAAACUUAUCGUAACGAAGACGCGUGUUUCAUUAAAUCACAAAUAUUUUUUCUAAAUUGUGUGUACUAUAUAUGCUUCAGAUCAGACACACAGAAGAAUCAAAACCAAUAUCAUAUGACGAGAAAAAUCAUUACGUUCAUUUAUUUUUAUAUUUUUAUGUAUGUGUACUUGAAUUUGUUUAGCUAUUUUUGCAGCGGAAAAUGACACUUUGCCUAAACUGCAUGAAAAAAUAAAUCAUAUAUUUGCUCAAAAUGGCAUUUUCCAAAUUUGUUUUCAGAAGCAUAUAAUAUGCCUGUUUAUUUGUUACCAUGACGUAGCAACAAGUUAUACGGUAUAUUCAUUAAUGAAGAAAACAAAAACUUCCCGUUAUAUUUGCUUAUAUUAUACUAUAUACGUUGCACUUCCUGCAUGUUCUAUCAACAGGAACCAGCUGGUAUUUUUUAGGACUAUCCAUCGUUGGAAUAUUUCCUGAAAUCAUCUUUUAGUAAUAAGUUAUUAUAGUAAGAGCUAUAGUUGUUAACCAUGCUGCUUGAUACGAAAAAUAGUGCAUGUUAAAAACGUAUACUGAAGUUUACUCAUCGCAACAUUACAUACGGAAUUUCACGAACUGCAUGUGUUAAGUUGGCCUUCAGCCACAGUUAUUAUAUUAUCUCGAUAUUUUCUUCCAAGUAAUAGCUCCAAGGUGGAUAAAAAAAAAAAAAAAUUCAAUUACGUAAAAUUUAGAAAUCUUAUAUCCUUAGAAUCCCAGAUCUCAGAAUUCCUAGAUUUUAUGAAUACCUUAUAAAAAUAAUCUACAGUACAUUAACCAUGAAUCCAUUUUCCAUGAAUACUCUAAAAUACAAUUUUCCAUUUAAUAAUUGUAAUAGUUAUAUAAAAAUUUAAAAGCAUAAAAACAAAAUUCAACUUAAAGAUAUAUAACUAUUCAUAAUUUUUAAAUGUUAGACUGCUGUUAUUUGCGUUUUUAAAAAUUAAAAAAAUACAGUGAUUAUUAAGCAUAAAACAAAACUGUUAAAAAUAACACUUUGAUAAAUGUCUUCCGUAAACUUUCAGACAUUCUAUUUUUAAACAAUGCGAACAUUUUUAUGCAUCUCUCUUUUUAUAUAUAUCUAUACACACACAAACUUUAACUAUAAAAUUUACACAAAAUGUCUAGCAAUCGUUAAACUUCUAAUAAUUUUACUAAUGUAUUACAUAAUUGAAUCUGAUGAAAUUACAAUGCGUUUAAAUAAAAUGAUGAAUUUAAAAUUUUGUAGAUACUAAAUUAUCUAAUGUAGAAAACAAAACUUUAAUUACUUGUAAAAGUAAAUUUUUUCUUCCAGAAAUUUUAAAACAGCUGGUGAGAUAAAACUGCAUGGAUCAAAAUUUUCAAAAUUCAGUGUUUAACUGGGAUUUAGUGACCCUGAAAUCACUCAAUGAGCGAUUCCCAAGUCACCAAAUCCCACUCAGUCAAUGAGCACUAUUAUGUCUGUCUGGGGAAUAAAAGCAGUCUGAUCAAAGUGCUGACCACACUGCCUUGAAUUUUUACUGCAGUCUUGCAGUAUAGGGACCCUAAUCCCUAUGAACCUCUCACCAGUUCCCCAAUCAGGGCUAUUGUAGGAUCACUUUACCUUUUAUAAAACUGCCAUAUAGGUUUAUAGCCCAGUAUGGUUUGCUGAGGUGUAAUACGGAAUGAUACCAAUAUUGGCCUACAGGCACCUUGUAUUACACCUCAGCAAUCUGUGGCAUAAGUCAGUUUAAUCCCACCUAAAAAAAUCUAUCAUGACUAAACAUUGCUAUGGUUAUCUAUCCUCAGAGAAUAUUUCAAUAUUGAUUACAUAAAAAAAAAUUUAGUAUAUUCAUCUAACAUAUAACUUUUUUGUGCUCUUUAUUCUCCACUUAAUAAAAAGGUUUACAGAAACAUUAUCUUAUCAGAUUUUCAACUCCAAAUUUACAAAUGGAACUUACAGGAUACAAAAAUCAUCAAGUGUGUUCGUGCAUUUUACAAUGGUUCACUAUCUUAAUUUUUUUUUUAAAUAUAAAGUGUUUUAAAAUUAUAAUUAAAAAGUAUGUAACACGUGCUUUUCACUCAGCUUUAAAUCUGAAAUCAGCUUCAUAUUAUUAUAUAGACAUAUAUAUGUAACCGGCAACGUUUGAAAGCCGGUAUUCUACAAUAUUACUAGGCAUUUUACAAAACGCCAAAAACUGUCAGGAAGUGUACGAAACGUUGAACAUUUCACACAAUUCCCCAAAUGACAAACUGCAGAAUCCUUACAUCUCCAAUUCAUUUCAAAUGUCAUGUGACACUAUAACUUUUAACGCAGACCUUAAGUUCAGAAUUUGCUAUUUGCAUUUUACACUUCAUUCUGAAGCAUCAAAACACGCGAUAUUCAUCCGUGAAUUUGUUUAACAAAAAUUUGAGUCUUGUAGUGUCAAAGAUGGAAUCAUCAUGGAUGGACAUGCAACAACGAUGCUAUGAUGAACUGUCCAAAGUUUAACUGCAAGUGUUUUAAAUAAUAGCUUUAUCAUGAUCUUUUAUCAUACGUUGCCUGUUGUUGAUUUGCCGUUCUAUAGAAGAUAUAUUGAGUUCUAAAAUUACUUAUGUGCUCACGCUUUCAAUUUUUUUUUUAGUUAUAUGACACAAGUUCCAUAAAUUGGCUCAUAGGUUUGAUACUGCUGAUCUAAAAUUUUGUGGAUUUCAUGUAACACUCAUUUUCUAAAUUAUCACCUAUUACAAUAUGUUACUUAAUAUCUUAAAUAAGAAUUAAAAUGAAAUAAAAAAUUUAAAAUAUGCACAAGUAAUAAUAUGACAUGAUCUGAAAACAAGCUACCUUUCCCCCACAAAAGAAAAAAAAAACGUACUAUUUUCAUAAAUAACCAGAACAACUAUUCUGUAUCUUUCGUAAUCUUAAUAAGCAAUUUUAUUAAGUAAUAAUAAGAUAUUAUUAAAUAAUAAUAAGCUAUAUCAUAAUAAUAUUAAUUAGUAAAUGGUAAUCUUAGUCAAUAAGUAAUCAUGAAUACGCUGUUUUAUAUAAAUUUAUUCUAGAAAAAUAUGCAAGAGAGUAUAGUUUUAUUACUGGCAGUACUAAGUUCAAAUAUUUUAAUUAAAUUAUAUCUCUUCCUAAUAUUUUAAACAUUUUAGAUAACAAUUAAGUUUUGCAAAAUUCUCUUUAGAAAUAAAUCAAAAUUUUGGAAUACUUCUCUUUACACAUACUAUUACUCCCAUCAUUAACUUUUUUUUUUUUUUUUUUGCUGUGUAACUCAUGUAUUAGUAUUCUUUUAACAAUAUCAAUGCUUCUAAUUUUAUAUCCAAUAAUUCUUUAACUAUAUAAACAUUUAC